GAGCUUUACAUUUCUGACGUCUCUCCGUGUGCGACACUGUUUAGGUUCCCCCGCGUUUGGUGCCGGUGAAAAUCAGUCCUACACAUUUUCAAUAUGUCAGGCUGUAAGAAGCCACGAGCUGUAGCAAAUCCUCUGGAGUCAACCAUUACAACACCGAGUGAAAGAAUACUGAAAGAAUGUCACACUUUAUAUGUCGACAACGAAAACGGAUUGGUGAAAAUGGCAGAGAGUUUAGGAGUGAGGCUGUUACCUCCUCGGAAAAAGAUUAUAGUGAUGAUCAUGGGAAACCAUUCUGCCGGAAAAAGCUCCUUCAUUAACUGGUAUGUGGAGGAGCACAUACAGAAGACCGGUGUGGCCAUAGAGACACAAGGCUUCACAUUUAUAACCAGUGGGAGAAAAAGAGAAUCACUGACUGGCAAUGCUACGUUACACCUCUACCCACAUUUCAGACCUCUACUGGAGUUCAAAGGUGUUACGGAUUACCUGGGUGCUGAGAUUUCCACCUCCAAACAGAAGAAAUUCAACCUGGUGACGUUUGUGGACACUCCAGGGUUGGUGGAUGGAGAUAUGGUGUACCCUUUUGAUGUCAACAAUGCCAUCACCUCUUUUGGUGAGCAGGCAGACCUCAUCUUCGUGUUUUUUGACCCGAUGGGACAGGCGUUGUGCAAGCGUACACUGAACAUUGUUGAGCAGCUGAGUGAGAAGUGUGGAGACAAACUGCGCUUUUACCUGAGCAAAGCUGACGAGGUUGGACGAGAAACGGACAGACAGCGGGUGAUGAUGCAGAUUGUCCAAGAGCUGUGCAGGAGACCUGGACUCAACAAAUGUGGCUUUGAAAUGCCCACGAUAUACAUCCCUAACCCUCAAAAACCCAGCAGAUGCAUCAACCAGAUUGAUGAGGUGUGUGAGACCAUUGAGAAGAGUAUAAACCAGGCUGUGCAGAAAACACUUGACCAGCUGGAGAAAGACUGUAACGUGGUCAUCUCUACCAUCAACCAGACACUGGAGCAGGACCGGAUGAAUGUGAGCUGUAAUAGAAGCAAUCGUUUUAAUUCUUUCCUGUGCGGAGUUCUGGGAAUCUUCCUUCCGUCGCUCUUCAUCCUCAGCUUCCUCAUCAGCACUUUCGCUCCAGAGGAGCUGGACACUCUUGUAGGAGAGGGACUGGCUAAAACACUCUACAUUUCCACAGGAGUAGUUGUGUAUCUGUGGGACUGGAUUCCUGAAGACUGGCAGAUAAUGUUUGUGAUCACCUUUGGUGCACUGUGCUACUUUAUGCUCUUUCUGGCCAAGUAUUUUGCACGUCAGGGCAGCAAGACUCUUACUAGGAGAGAGAAGAAGAAACUGGCGGAGUGCAGCGAUUACAUCCAGGAUGUCGUCAAAUCCAAGAAGCGGAAACUGUACGAGGAGUAUCUUCGCCAGUGUGCUGCAGAAUAUGAUUUCUGAAGGAAGCCGGCAUGGCAGCUGUUGGGCAAAGUCAUCUGAUUAAUUCAUAUCAAGCACAUCCUUGUUUGAAAAUACUGAUGUUGUUUCAUAGUUACAUGAGUGAUGAUAACAAAUCUGUGCCUUUUCGUUAAAUGUGAAUAGUGUUGUUCAAAAUGUGAUAUACAGACAUGACCUCAAUAUUCUCUUACACCAGCUAGUUUUUCUAUAUGAAGCAUUUUUAAUCAGACCUACAACUGUUAAUAGCCAAUAAGCUGCAUUAUCACUCCAUGAACGCUGAUUAUCUGAGACAUUUGCCUGCUCUCUGCUGCCUUCUUUUGAUCUCCAGGUGCACUGUGGGAGAAACCAAAGGUACGAUUGCGCACCGAAUUCAACCUCAUGUUCUCUCUACUCAGUGUUUAUAAAGUAGCGUUUCUGCUUUUUAUAUAGUAACACGGAAGAAUUUCUCCCAGCAGCCACAGAAGCAGCACUCAACUAACUUUAGGUCUUCCUGUCGUUCGUACAGUAUGUACUGUUGCAUGUUUGUCUGUAUUUUUAUGUGGUUUAUAUAUGAUUUUAAGAUGAUUUGUAGUGGUCAUCAGUGAUUUGAAGUGAUGCUGCCUACAAAUGUUAAAAUUGUAGUUAUUUUUAGGGCAUUGUUUUAUGAAUACUAUGAACUUGCAUCAGUCAACCCGUUUUGGAAUAACUGGUUUUAAAGAUGGAUCAUGACUGAGAUCCAAUUUUUUAACCGUCCAUACAUAAAGUAGUUACUUGUACAGGGUGGGAUCACGCACUGAUGUAUUUCUUUAUUUUAUUUUGUUUGGUUUU